UAACCUUUGGUAUCCAUAACCUUAAUUGCCAUGUCAUUAACUAGAAGUUUGUUAUCAUUUAACUCCAAGUUUAUCGUUAUGCGUUCAUCUAACUGUAAAAAAACAGGUGGAGAAGCUAACCGUUCUGUCACACCCCUUAUACAGCCGCCUUACGAUUUCGACCAUAUUUUGGGGGCUGUAAACGGCCUUUAUCAUCACUUGCAAGCCGACUGAUAGUGCAUGAAGUUCUCGGUCUUAAUGUCCAGUUGGUGUCGGGAUUAAGGAAGUCACUGCUAGCUGGUAAAAGAAGAACAGAGCUUGACUUUCGAACAACUGCUGAAAAUGUGGAUUAAAUCACUGAUCAUUUGCUUAGUGUCCGUAUCAUCAAUUGAAGCACGGGGAAUUCGAGUUCGUCGAAACUUAGGAGACGUCUGUGAAAACAUGUGGAAGGCAUCCGGGAAUAAUAUGAUCAUGGGAACUGACUUGACAGUGGACACGUCCAACACCGCAAAAAAGUUGUUCACUUUAACAUCAACUGGUGAAGGCAAACUAAAAAAUGCCGUGUACACCAAAUUCAAGGCUCUUUUAGAUAACUACGUUCCGGAUGAGUUGAAGCCGGAAGUGGGCGAUCCCAAGGAGGCGACUGAGGAAGAUGAUUUCAUAAACACUAUCGCCGUCGAAGGUGGACCUAUGGACAUCGCUUUCAAGUACCUGCAGGCAGCUGGGAAGACCACCACCGCGGUAAGAUAUUACCGAACGAUCUUGAUUUCACAUUAAUUAGCUUCAAGGCGAUCAAGGUACGUAAUGUAACGCUGCUAAUAGGGAAGAUAUUCGUUUGCAUACAUUGUUUUGUUAUUUAAAUGUUCAAAAUGUUAAACAAAAGAGUUCUUUGUUUCACCAGCCAAUAGU